AUGCCUCGCCGAAAACUUACUGGACCUUGUGCAGUUACUAAUUGCAAUAAUUCUGUAAAGUCUUAUAGAAAUGUAACACAAGAUCUUAAAACUAAAAUUGAUCUAUAUUUUGAUUCACAAUAUAAUUAUUUAAAAGUUAAUCAAGAUCAAAUUUGUUUUGAACAUUAUAUGAAUAUUGUUAAUUUUGUUGCAUUUGCAAAUCAAAUAUCUGAAAAUACAACACCAAGAACUUUUAUAGAUUUAGGUGAUAUUAUUGAAUAUAGUAAAAUUAGUUUAAAUAAUUCUAAUUCUAAUACAUUAAUUGAUUAUUUAAAACUUUAUGAAGAACACCAAUAUAUAGAUUUAGAUCCUAAUAAUUUUUCAAAUAUAAAAGUAAAAAUUGUUAAUAAUGGUAUAUUUAUUGAUCGAUCAAAUUUUAAUGAAUUGAUUAAUAUAAUUAUUAAUCAAAAUAUUCAAAAUAAUAAUAAUGAUUUAAUUCAAAUAUCUGGAAUAACUAUAAAUUCAAAAACAUUAUAUAAUUAUAGAGAAAAAAUUAAAGAUAAUUAUUUAAUAAAAAUUAAUGAAUAUUUUGCAUCUCAUUUAAAUAAUUUUCAUUGUUUUAAUAUUGAUGAUUUUCAUGAUAUUCAAAUAUUACGUCAACCAAAUACCACAACAUUUUCAACUGCAAAUCAUUUAGCAACAUGUAUUUAUUAA